AUGUCAACUAAAGGAGAACAUCAUGCAGUUCCACUCUCGGUUUUGCUCAAGCGUGAAACAGCUAAUGAAAAGAUAGACAAUCCUGAGCUUGUGCACGGCGAGUUUAACCAGAGCAAGAAAGGAGAGGACUUUACUUUUGUUAAAUCAGAGUGCCAAAGGGUCACGGGAGAUGGCGUUGCUACCUUCUCUGUUUUCGGGCUUUUUGAUGGACACAAUGGUUCUGCUGCAGCUAUCUACACCAAGGACAACCUUCUUAACAAUGUAUUAGCUGCAAUACCCUCUGAUCUCAACAGAGAUGAGUGGGUUGCCGCACUUCCUAGGGCUUUGGUUGCUGGAUUUGUCAAAACUGAUAAAGAUUUCCAGGAAAGAGCAAGAACCUCUGGAACGACCGUAACUUUUGUCAUUGUAGAAGGAUGGGUGGUCAGUGUUGCAUCUGUUGGUGACUCUCGUUGCAUACUUGAGCCUGCUGAGGGUGGUGUCUAUCACUUAUCUGCUGAUCAUCGGCUUGAAAUAAACGAAGAAGAGCGAGAUCGCGUCACUGCAAGUGGUGGUGAAGUUGGUCGGUUAAAUACUGGUGGUGGUACUGAGAUUGGUCCUCUGAGAUGUUGGCCGGGUGGUCUCUGUCUCUCUAGAUCCAUUGGAGAUCUGGAUGUUGGCGAAUACAUUGUUCCAGUUCCUUAUGUUAAGCAAGUCAAGUUGUCUUCAGCUGGUGGUCGACUUAUCAUCUCAAGUGAUGGUGUGUGGGAUGCAAUUAGUGCAGAAGAGGCUCUUGAUUGUUGCCGUGGUUUGCCACCAGAAGCUUCCGCCGAGCAUAUUGUUAAAGCAGCUGUGGGGAAGAAAGGUAUUCGGGAUGAUACAACAUGUAUUGUGGUUGAUAUAUUACCAUCAGAAAAGCCAGCUGCUUCGGUGCCGCCUCCAAAAAAGCAAGGAAAAGGAAUAAUAAAGUCCAUGUUCAAAAGAAAAUCUUCGGGCUCAUGUUCUAAUAUUGAGAAAGAGUAUCUGGAACCUGAUGAAGUUGAAGAACUGUUUGAAGAGGGCUCUGCUAUGCUUUCAGAGAGAUUAGACACAAAGUACCCGCUUUGCAAUAUGUUUAAGUUGUUCAUGUGUGCUGUGUGUCAAGUAGAAGUGAAACCUGGAGAAGGUGUCUCAAUCCAUGCUGGAACGGCUAAUUGCCCAAAGCUUCGUCCUUGGGAUGGUCCAUUCCUUUGCGCUAGUUGUCAAGAGAAGAAAGAUGCUAUGGAAGGGAAGCGAUCAUCAGGAGAUAGACAUAGUAGUGAGAGCGACUAGCCAGCUAUUUAUUUGGUCAAGCAACUAACAAAAACAGUAUUGUGAGUAAAAUAGAGCGGUUCGGAGGAUCAUCUGGUUGAAAUAUAUAUUCCACCCAGAGAUAUGAGUUCCUUGAUCUACCCACCACCAUUCUUCAGCAAAACUCCAAAGCAGUCUAUUUAUUUAUUAUCUUUGAUAUGGCUCUCACUCCACUCUUUUUUUUUUCUUUCAUUCGUGAUGCUUUUAUGUUUAAAAGUGAGUACUAACAGCUGAGAGAUGGUAUAGGUAAAGAAGAUAUGCCAGUCUGUGUGCAACUAUUUCAUGUAUAAAAACCAUUGACAAAGUUCUUGAUAGAAGCAUCCAUUUUUUCAUGUAACUUACUAUACCGAUUUUUUCUACACUCAUAGAUUGCUUUUCGUGUUCAUUGGUAUACAUAAACUAUUCUUCUUAUGUCGUCUGAAAAUUCUGAUUCAU